AGUGACGUCACCGGCCAGCCAGCGGGCGCCAUUUUGAAAGUGGAGUCGCCUGUCCCUGCCGCCGCUGCCGCCGUCGCUGUCCUAGCCGCCGCUGCCGCCGCCACUACUGCCGCCGCUACUGCCGCCGCUGCCGUCUCCACCGCGGGAGAAGGAGCACGAGACGGGAAGCCCCUGAGUGAACGCCACCAUCCUGCCGACCGCUCCACCCGGGCCGCUUCCUUUCCGCCCCGGUCCCCGUCCCCUCCCCCCUCAGGUGCCAUCCGCCUCCAUCCGCGCCCUCGAUCCCCCCAUCCCCAGGUGUGGGGGCUGAGCCCCGGUCGCGGAGACCCCGACGAGCCCGGCAGGGUCACCAUUUGCAGCGCGACAUGGCAGGAGCUGGAGGAGGGAAUGAUAUUCAGUGGUGUUUUUCUCAGGUGAAAGGAGCAGUAGAUGAUGACGUAGCAGAAGCAGAUAUAAUUUCUACAGUAGAGUUUAAUCAUUCUGGAGAAUUACUAGCCACAGGAGAUAAAGGUGGGAGAGUUGUCAUCUUUCAACAAGAGCAGGAGCGCCUUUGACCUGAGGAUCUCAAAGUGCUUUAGAAACACUAAUGAAUUAAUCCUCACAACACCCCAGUGAGAACAAAAUCCAGUCUCAUAGCAGAGGAGAAUACAAUGUUUACAGCACCUUCCAGAGCCAUGAGCCAGAAUUUGACUACUUGAAAAGCUUAGAAAUAGAAGAGAAGAUCAACAAAAUUAGGUGGUUACCCCAGAAAAAUGCUGCCCAGUUUUUAUUGUCUACCAACGAUAAAACAAUAAAAUUAUGGAAAAUCAGUGAAAGAGACAAAAGACCAGAAGGCUAUAACUUGAAAGAGGAAGAUGGAAGAUAUAGAGAUCCUACUACAGUCACUACGCUACGGGUGCCCGUAUUUAGGCCCAUGGAUCUAAUGGUGGAAGCCAGUCCACGGAGAAUAUUUGCCAACGCCCACACUUAUCACAUCAACUCAAUUUCUAUCAAUAGUGAUUAUGAAACCUACUUAUCAGCAGAUGAUUUGCGAAUUAAUCUCUGGCAUCUGGAAAUUACAGACAGGAGUUUUAAUAUUGUGGAUAUCAAGCCUGCCAAUAUGGAAGAGCUCACGGAGGUGAUCACAGCUGCAGAAUUUCACCCCAACAGCUGUAACACGUUUGUGUACAGCAGCAGUAAAGGAACCAUUCGGUUAUGUGACAUGAGGGCAUCUGCGCUCUGUGACAGGCAUUCGAAACUGUUUGAAGAACCUGAAGAUCCCAGCAACAGGUCAUUUUUUUCUGAAAUCAUCUCCUCUAUUUCUGAUGUAAAAUUCAGCCAUAGUGGUCGUUAUAUGAUGACUAGAGACUAUUUGUCAGUCAAAAUUUGGGACUUGAAUAUGGAGAACAGGCCCGUGGAGACAUACCAGGUACAUGAAUACCUCAGAAGUAAACUUUGCUCACUGUAUGAAAAUGACUGCAUAUUUGACAAAUUUGAAUGUUGUUGGAAUGGGUCUGACAGUGUUGUCAUGACUGGAUCCUACAAUAAUUUCUUCAGAAUGUUCGACAGGAACACAAAGAGGGAUAUAACCCUAGAAGCAUCACGAGAGAACAAUAAGCCUCGCACGGUUUUGAAGCCACGCAAAGUCUGUGCAAGUGGCAAGCGAAAGAAAGAUGAAAUAAGUGUUGACAGCCUAGACUUCAACAAGAAAAUCCUUCAUACAGCCUGGCAUCCCAAGGAAAACAUCAUUGCUGUAGCGACUACAAACAAUCUGUAUAUAUUUCAAGACAAAGUGAAUUAGGCUGGCAUUCUCUGCAGAGGAGCCACUUCCUGCUUAGUGAGAUAGUUGAAUCUAGCAUUCAUACCUAUAAGAGAGCGGUCCAUUGUGGCGCCCCUUUCCAGUGUUUGACAGUGUGCCAUUCAACAACACAUUUGAUAGCCUCAUGGAGAAAGCUGUGUGGAUGCAUCCCAGGCUGUUUUCCAUGUCUGCUAGCCAUUUAGGGAAGGGAAGGGCACUUUUAAUUUAAUGACUUCUUGCACCAUCUUGCCUGGUGGACUGGACUGGACUGUGUCAGCAUUGAUGUACUCCACUUUUUAUGCCUUCCAUUGUGAUGACGUCAAACACAGUGAACGCCUUCAGUCAUGCUAUGGAAUUUGUGUAUCCUCAUUACUGUAUCAUUUGUGGGGUACACCCCUCCCCUCUUUUUUAAAUUAAAUACAGCUCAUUCUUACUGUGGCUUGUAGCAUUCCUCCUCUCUGGCCUCCUGGACUCUUCCCUCCAUCUCUCACCCUUGCCCUUUCCACCUUGUCUCGGUGGUGGCAUAUUCAAAAAAGGAAGAACGAAAGCACACAAAAUGAGUCAGUUUGGGGUCAGUGGUAAUGGGGGAAUAUGUUGCGAACAAAUGUUUUAAUAACAGUUGGCUGUAAUCACUCCUUGCCAUGUCUGGCACUGAAAAUAAGGAAAAAAAAAACUACUACUGAAUAAAAGUGACAAAGAAUGGAGAAUCUGGUUUUCUUUUUCUUUUUCAUCUACCUCUUUAAACCAAUGUUUUGUGUUAUAUCCUUGGGCGCAAUGAAAUGAAGUGGGUUUCUAUUGUCUCCUUGGUACUUUGUGAACUAUUUUUAACAAGUGUUCUUUUCCAUGGAGCCUGGAAGAGGAUCAUGGUUCUGUGCGUCCAUGUGUUGAAUAUACAUGACUGUUAAGGGUUCACAGUCUAGAAAUGCUAGAAGGUUCUGGGGUUUUUUGUUUUGUUUUGUUUUGUUUUUGUUUUUAUGUGUCUGUGCUUGAUUUAUCUGUUAACAAAGUUGCUGUCAAUGAGAACCACAGUUGAGGAGCUUCAUUCUGAAGUCUUCUUCCAGUGCUUAAUUUUUUUGCCUUAGGAAAUACCAAGUAGACAAGUUGACUUUUCUCGCUGUUCAGGCACAGUAGACUGGAAUUCCAUCUGGAAGUAACGUGGUAGAUGAAACCGGAUGCUGCACUACAGAGCUGUUUUGUACUAAUUGCUGUGGAAUCACUGAAUUGUACUUUGCCAUAGAUACGUCUUUUGGUUUUCCAAAGGUACAUUCGGGACAAGUUUUUAAAGGUACAGUGAUGCAUGGACUGCAACAGCUGCGUAAGCACCAGAUGUGUGAUGACCCACAGUGUUCCAGUGCUGAGGCCCUAGCCAAAGAUGGAGAGUGUCCCAGUUAGUGUGGGAUGGACCGUGGUCAGUCCUGCAGGAAGCUUUAUGGAGAGAGAAUGGACUUUAUUUUUAAAAGAUGAAUGAGCAGGCAUUUAUAUGAGAAUGGUAGUAUAUUUUGGUUGAACAGUAAUAUAACAAUGUCGAAUAUAGAGGACUCUGCGUGCUUAUAUAUUCCCACUGCCUAUUGUUCUUCAGUAAUGAAAAUGAUUAAACAACUCCACCACAGUUCCCUCUACACUUACACAUAUAUUAUGUCUUGUACGUUAACAUUUUUAGCACACAGGAGAAAUUUUAUGUAAUAAAGUUACUGUAUCUUUUGGAGUUAAAUUUGAAUUUGUAUUUAAACAAAAUGUCUGAUAAUUCUUAAUGGCACUUUUACUAAUUUAUUUGGGGGUGGUGGGUGCAUUCUUAGUCUGUUUAUUUCUUUGGCUUGCAUAGUUGUGAAUCUAGAAGGAUCAACAAUACAAAGUUUUGCUGGGAUAUUUUCUCAUAUCCUUUGGGAUGGUGGCAUUCCUAUGGUUUGGCUUUGAGCCACCAAACAGUCAGUAGAAGUCGUCCCCCCCUUUUUUUUAUGGUAGUUUUUAUGAUUCUCAUCCAUCACUAUAAGGCUUAGUUUUGUAUAGUUGGAAGAGACCUGUCAACUUAAGAUGCCUAUCAGGAAUGCUAUCAAUAAACUAUAUAAUUGUUUUUCCAAUAUAUUUGGUGUAGAAAACUAGGCCCAGCCACUCAUUUUAUAUAGUCAACUUUUUAUUAAUAAAACUUAUAGAAUAAAUGUAGUCUUGUCAACUUGAUUGUAUUUUGCUAAUCCCUUACAAUCCAUACACAUAUUUAACCCUCUUGUAAUGUUUUUUGAAGUGUUGGAAUUUUUGAAGAUCUCUUAUUCUGUUAAAAGUCAGUCUUCACUUGGUGGCUGGGCAAUAAAAAUUGGUAAUAUAUAAACCUA